AUGGUCGAAAACAAGACCAAUGAUGGAAUGAAACAAAUAUUUGAAUCACUUGGCACUAUUUUGGGCACAUUACACGCCAAAUUUGUCAUUCACGGGGAUCUUACAACUUCCAACAUCCUGAUCGACCCCAAAGACCAACGAUCAAUUCAUUUGAUAGACUUUGGAUUGGCUCAGGUGAACGUUCAUUCAUCGGAAGACAUGGGAGUCGAUAUUUAUGUCCUCGAGAGAUCACUUUGUUCCACACAUGGUGAUACAACUGACUUGUUUGCUGCUCUUGUUCAUAAUUAUUCUAUUUUGUGUCCUGCUGGAGCUGCAAAAUAUGAACAGGUGAUUCGUCGAAGAAUUGAUGAAAUGGGUGACAAUGUAAAGGAAAUCCUUAUUGAAAGACUAAAGCGAAGUCUGGAAUGCAAAGAUGGAACACGUUGUAAAAAUUUUAUCGGAGCUUAUAGUAGAAAAACAAAGAACUCAAAUGGCGCAGCUUUAAUAGACUUCUGCAGUAGAUUUGAUCUUUUUGUGGAAGAUGGCAUUUAA